AUGGAGCCUUGGAAGCAAUGCGCCCACUGGCUCAUCCAGUGCCGGGUGCUGCCCGUCAACCACCGGGUGACCUGGGACACGGCGCAGGUGUUCGACCUGGCCCAGACCCUGCGCGAUGGGGUCCUGCUCUGCCAGCUGCUCAACAACCUGCGCGCGCACGCCCUCAACCUCAAGGAGAUCAACCUGAGGCCUCAGAUGUCCCAGUUUCUUUGUUUGAAGAACAUAAGAACAUUCCUUACAGCAUGCUGUGAGACGUUUGGUAUGAAGAAGAGUGAACUUUUUGAAGCAUUUGACUUGUUUGAUGUCCGUGAUUUUGGAAAGGUCAUAGAAACGUUAUCCAAACUUUCCCGCACUCCUACUGCAUUAGCCACUGGAAUAAGGUCGUUUCCAACUGACGAGAGUGUGGAUGAUGAAGACAUCUACAAAGGCCUUCCAGAUUUAAUAGACGAAACUGGUGUGGAUGAGGAUGAAGACCUUUAUGACUGUGUUUACGGGGAGGAUGAAGGUGGUGAAGUGUAUGAAGACCUAAUGAAAGCUGAAGCAGCACAUCAACCUAAGUAUCCUGAGAAUGACAUAAGAUGCUGCUGCCUUUCCGAAAUAAAACAGACUGAAGAGAAAUACACAGAAACUUUGGAGUCCAUAGAAAAGUAUUUUAUGGUGCCAUUGAAAAGGUUUCUAACACCAUCUGAAUUUGAGACUAUAUUUAUCAACAUAACUGAUUUGGUGAAAAUCCACAGAAGUUUAACACAGGAUAUUCAUGAGUCAAUUGCAAACAAAAAUGACCAAAAUCUGUAUCAAAUUUUUAUUAGCUACAAGGAAAGGUUGGUCAUCUAUGGGCAAUACUGCAGUCAGGUAGAAAUAGCCAUAUCCUGUUUAGACAGUAUCUCCAAGACGAAAGAAGAUGUUAAGUUGAAACUGGAGGAAUGUUCGAAAAGAGCCAAUAAUGGGAAGUUUACUUUGCGGGAUCUUCUUGUGGUUCCUAUGCAGCGAGUUCUGAAAUACCAUCUACUGCUUCAGGAGCUGGUGAAACACACAACUGACCCAAUGGAGAAGGCCAACUUAAAGCUUGCCCUUGAUGCAAUGAAGGACUUGGCACAGUAUGUAAAUGAAGUGAAGAGAGAUAAUGAAACUCUCCGUGAAAUUAGACAAUUUCAGUCUUCAAUAGAGAAUUUGAACCAGUCACUUUUACUGUAUGGAAGACCACAAGGUGAUGGUGAAAUAAGGAUAACGACCCUGGACAAACGGGCAAGGCAAGAUAGGCAUAUCUUUUUAUUUGAUCUGGCUGUAAUUGUAUGCAAACGGCGGGGUGAUAAUUACGAAAUGAAGGAUAUAAUUGAUCUUCAGGAAUACAAAAUAGCCAACAACCCUACAACAGAUAAAGAGAACAAAAAGUGGUCUUAUGGCUUCUACCUCAUCCACAUACAAGGGCAGAAUGGGCUGGAACUCUACUGCAAAACGAAAGAUUUGAAGAAAAAAUGGCUUGAGCAGUUUGAAAUGGCACUAUCCAAUAUAAGGCCUCAUUAUGUAGAAACAAGUACUCAUGACUUCAAAAUGCACACCUUCGCUCGUGUAACAUCUUGCAAAGUCUGUCAGAUGCUUCUGAGAGGAACAUUUUGUCAAGGCUAUUUAUGUUCCAAAUGUGGAGCUGGAGCUCACAAAGAAUGUUUGGGAAGACUAGACAAUUGUGGCAGAGUUAAUUUGGGUGAACAUGGGACCCUGAAACACGAGAAACGGCCAAAUGGACUUCGAAACAGCUCCAGGCUUAUGGACCCAGGCUUACCAAAAAUGCAAGUAAUUAGAAACUACAGCGGGAUACCACAGCCAGCUCCACAUGAUGGCCCUCCACUACACAUCCAGACUGGGGACAUAGUUGAACUCAUCAGAGGAGAUGCACAUAGUCUAUUUUGGCAGGGUAGAAAUUUAGUGACAGGGGAGCUUGGUUUCUUUCCAAGUGAUGCAGUAAAACCUUGCCCAUGUGUUCCUAAACCAGCAGACUACUCUUCUCAACCAUGGUAUGCAGGAGCAAUGGAAAGGCUGCAAGCAGAGACUGAACUUAUUAACCGGAUAAAUAGCACUUACCUAGUGCGAUAUAGGACUAAAGAGUCAGGAGAAUAUGCCAUUAGCAUUAAGUACAAUAAUGAAGUGAAGCACAUCAAGAUUUUAACAAGAGAUGGCUUUUUUCACAUUGCAGAAAAUAGAAAAUUUAAAAGUUUAAUGGAACUUGUGGAGUACUACAAGCAUCACUCUCUCAAAGAAGGCUUCAGAAGUUUGGACACAACUCUCCAGUACCCAUAUAAGGAAUAUGAACAUUCAAUUGACCAAAGGAGUAACCGACCAACUAGCAACUUGCUGAGUCCCAAGGUUCUUGGUAUUGCUAUUGCCCGCUAUGACUUCUGUGCCAGAGACAUGCGUGAAUUGUCAUUGCUCAAAGGUGACAUUGUCAAAAUUUACACAAAGAUUAGUGCUAAUGGCUGGUGGAGAGGUGAAGUAAAUGGAAGGGUGGGCUGGUUUCCAUCAACCUAUGUUGAAGAGGAUGAAUGAUUUGGACAUUGUGUUGGGACUACUGAUUAUAAAUUUCAGGGACUAUAAAAACCAGCCAUCUGCAAAGCAUUAUUCCUCUUGUUAAGUAUUUGAAAUGCAGUGCUUCUGUCUUUCCAAACCCUCCAGUCUUAAUGCUGAGAUUACUGAAGAAGUUUCUGUUGACAGAAGAAUAUCCCAGUCAGAUGUAUACAAAGAAACUGCUUGCCUGCCUGCCUGCUUGCCACCACUGGGGACCAAUGCCAAACUCUAACCCCAGCUUCCUGAAAAAAUGCUUCAAAGCAGACUUUGGGGGGGAAAUGCUUUUUUUCAUUCCAUCUUGUUCUAUGCAGUGAAUACUAAGUACUGAUGGCAAUUGACUAUAUUUUAUGAUUUCU